AUGGACGAAGACACCUUCACGUACGAACCCCGCGAUAAAUCGGGUCCGAUGGACGUGGAUUCAGGUUACGAUACUUCUCGAUUGGACGUUUUCAACUACGUUGGGAUGGGAUCAGGUGAAGAUGGACCUGCUAGGAAACGUCUGCACAGCGAGCUAGGUCGAGCUAUACCUUUCAGCCCUCAGCCCCGACCCGGUUUCGCUCACUUUAGCAAUCCAGCUGCCAAUUCUGCGCCUCUCCUACUAGCAGCGCAGAAUACACCUCUCAAAGCUCCCUAUUAUGAUCCUUCUCACUGGAUCAAUAGUGCUCCUAGGACACCUGCAGCUGCGAGCUUGGCGACUCAAGACGUCGAUAUGGAUAGUCCAGCUAGAGGGUUAUCGACCCCUGUCAAAUAUACCGAAAGUCCCUUGAAAAGCAGUAGUAAAGAAGCGAGAGUGGAAGAUGAGAAAGAAAACUAUAACGAGGACGACACGAAGGAAGAUCGCCAUGAACAACCGAGAAAAUUCGCCAAAGGUGCUGUUACCAGAACGAACAAAAAAAGAGAGAAAGCAAGAAAAGAACAAGUCAGAAAUGGGGAGGUCGUAUCUGUCAGACACAGUGAUGCAUCGACACCCACCUGGUCAAAAUCAGAGCAUCACUAUAAUGUACACAUGACACCGCCAGCCAUGAGACAUUCUGAGAUACCUGCUCUGCUUUUAGCAUAUCUACAAUUCGUUGUCAAUGCCGCUAUCGUUUUCUUCUGCCUCUACCUGGGUUUGCAAUUUGUUCUAACAGUAAGAAGAGAUGUUAAAGAUAAAAUGCAAGAACACUCUGUCGAGAUACUGCAGGAGAUUGCGGAAUGUACGACUCUAUAUCUAACGAAUCGAUGCGAUCCUGUUCUCCGUGUACCAGCAAUGGAAGCACCUUGUAAAGCGUGGGAUGCGUGUAUGAAUCGAGAUCCAACGAUGGUGGGUAGAAUCAAUAUCAUCGCGGAGACGUUUGCGGGAGUCAUAAAUAGCUUCGUAGAUCCAAUAAGCUGGAAAACAAUGAGCUUUACCCUUGUGACAUUGUCAUUCCUGAUCAUUCUUACCAACUCGGCUUUGUUCAAUCUCCGGGCGAAGGCAUCACAUCAUGAACCAUCGCCAUCACCAAAUAAUUACUGGCCACCACACGGCCAAUUCAUGCCUCAGCUCCCACCUCAUAUACCACAUCCCCAGCAACAUAUGCUAGCUCCACACCAAAGCAAUCCAAUAACACCCAGUGGUCAACAAGAUCAGAGGCAGAUUGGCUGGGCAGGAGGAGAAGAAAAGAAGAAAGGUUGGUGGUGA